AUGACCGAGCGCGGUGCGGGAUUGGGAAUUGCGGCGGAGCCCUACAAAGUCCCCAGAAAACAUCCUAGAUGGUUUGGGGACAAUCAGGGCUCCGUCGCAAUAAUAUGGAAGGCGAGCGGUAGCUCACCUCCCGCUACCCACCUGGGUAGCGGGACAGGUUUUGUCGUGGCCAGGUGGGGGGUCCUGAUUGUGGUCGGGGUAUACCUCCUCUCAACUAAGAGCCUGGACUUGCCGAGCUUCAAGUCCAGGCUCCGAGAAAUAGGAAGGGCCGUUAAACGGUACCUCCCUGAGCCUGUUAUCAUCGCCGGGGACUUCAAUGCGAAGUCGGAGUUGUAG